CCUAAACAGCUCGUCAACCACCUCGGUAGCUUGCUAGCCAACAUAGCCGAAAGAUUCAAGCUAUUUAUACGCUUUCGGUGUAUAUUAGCUACUGUGUGUUAGACACACUUAGGUCGUAUCUACUUGUUAACCUAUUUAAUUUAAUAUUACGUUAUUUUGUAUUAGUCAACUAUAGUAGCUGGCUGGUUAAAUUAGCACUAGCCUAGUCGCUAAUGAUAGCUAGCUAGCUAACAUCCCCGACCAUGAGUUCAAUAAACUACUCCACUCUCGUUAAAGAAGAGGAGGUCUGCUGGACGGAGAAAGAAGCUCUUGGGCUGAACAUUGUCGUGAAAGAGGAGAAGGAAGAAGAGGAUGUUACAGUAAAACAAAAAGUAGAGGGUGAGGCUGUUACCCUGAAAGAAGACGAGAAAGACGUUUCAGUGAAAGAAGAGGAAGACGCGUUCAGAGUGAAAGAAGAGAAAGACGUUUCAGUAAAAGAAGAGGAUGAAGAGAAAGAGGAGGAUGCAGUUUUUGUAGUGAAGAAGGAAGGAGAGAUUACUGUCACAUUGAAAGAUGAAGAGGUGGAGAUAGGAGAUCUGAGUAACACCAGAGAGAGGCGUGACUAUCGUGGAUCCUCUGGGGAGCCUCAACAUGAUGCUGACAAGGCAGAGAAGAGUCUCUCCAGAUCAGAACUCCUCAAGAAACACCAGCAGAGACCCACAGGAAAGAAAUCUCACUGCUGCUCUGACUGUGGGAAAAGAUUCAACUACUCAUCACACCUUAAAAUACAUCAAAGAAUUCACACUGGAGAGAAACCUUAUAGCUGUGAUCAAUGUGGGAAGAGUUUUACUACAUCUAGCGAUCUAACUGAACACCAGAGAAUUCACACAGGAGAGAAACCUUACGGCUGUGAUCAAUGUGGGAAGAGAUUUAUUCUACUACAAACCCUGAAAUCACACCAAAGAAUACACACUGGAGAGAAACCUUUUGGCUGUUAUCAAUGUGGGACGAGUUUUUCUCACUUAAGCAGCCUGAUAGGACACCAGCGGGGACACACAGGAGAGAAACCUUAUAGCUGUGAUCAAUGUGGGAAGAGUUUUACUAUAUCUAGCUCUCUGACUAUACACCAGAGAACACACACAGGAGAGAAACCUUAUAGCUGUGAUCAAUGUGGGAAGAGAUUUAUUCUACUACAAACCCUGAAAUCACACCAAAGAAUACACACUGGAGAGAAACCUUUUGGCUGUUAUCAAUGUGGGACGAGUUUUUCUCACUUAAGCAGCCUGAAAGGACACCAGCGGGGACACACAGGAGAGAAACCUUAUAGCUGUGAUCAAUGUGGGAAGAGUUUUACUACAUCUGGCAAUCUAACUAUACACCAGAGGAUUCACACAGGAGAGAAAGCUUAUGGCUGUGAUCAAUGUGGGAAGAGUUUUACUACAUCUAGCAAUCUAACUGAACACCAGAGAACACACACAGGAGAGAAACCUUAUGGCUGUGAUCAAUGUGGGAAGAGUUUUACUACAUCUAGCAAUCUGACUAGACACCAGCAAGUACACACAGGAGUGAAACCUCAUAGCUGUGAUCAAUGUGGGAAGAGUUUUAUUAGAUCUAGCCAGCUGACAGUACACCAGAGAACACACACAGGAGUGAAACCUAAUAGCUGUGAUCGAUGUGGGAAGAGAUACUCUGAUAAAAUAUCUCUGAUUAAACAUCAGAAAAUACAUACAUGAAGGAGUUGUUUCAUGAUAUCAAUGAAAUAAUGUCACAAUGUAGAAUGUUUUAACAUUGUAGUAGGAGAUUUUUAAUAAGUUUUGAUCUAUUUGAAUGAAUGUCAGAAUGUAGAACCAUAAACGUUUGUCCCCUGUUCAGUUGAUAUUAUCUAUCUAUAUUAUCUAUCUAUUGGUUUUAGCCUCAGCGGAAAAACCCAGGCCCUGAAUUGAAAGAGUACUAUUUAUUUAACAAAAAGUGACAAAAAAAAUUGUGUUACACUUACCACGUUGGUGACCCACUUGAAUCAAAAUGCAACACUUCAACAUGUUUAGGUUUUCAAUAUUCAAUAUAUCACAAACUGUUUCUGCAUAUUGGGUAUUGAUUUGGGCACGUUAAAACUGUGUUUUAACAUUGCGCUAUUCCCAUUUAGCCAAAUGUCAUUGAAAAGAUGUUGAAAAUAAGACUUAAGCCCAACGUCAAAUAUAUGUUCGGUUGCAGUUGUAGUUUUUUUCCCCAAUGAAAAACAACUUAAUUUCAACAUACUUGCAGCCUAAACACAUGGACGUAGUAUAAUAAAUUGGUCUAUAAUCAAUUGUAUUAACAAUCUUACAUCUUACAAUUCGCACGUAUAGCUCGUUAGCACGUAUAGCACGUAUAGCUCGUUAGCACGUAUAGCUCGUUAGCACGUAUAGCUCGGUAGCACGUAUAGCUCGGUAGCACGUAUAGCUCGGUAGCACGUAUAGCUCGGUAGCACGUAUAGCUCGUUAGCACGUAUAGCUCGUUAGCACGUAUAGCUCGGUAGCACGUAUAGCUCGGUAGCACGUCCAGUGCUCCAGUUGUCUUGAUAGAUGUGGAGAGUCAACACCUUUUGUUGCGCUACCGUUUUGGUUUGCUUCCUGUCUGUAAGUUUGGUGUGGGUUUUUCUUUUGUUUGCCUCUUCUUGGGCAGAUUUAGUGGGUGACUUUUAUGUCCCAGUUGUUGUUACUUGUCAACUUUCAGUGGACACUGAGAAAACUUUUAUUGCAUCAAAUGGUUGUUUUAUGCAACAGAAUAGAGGGUUCUUUGAACUAUUGUGUCUGUGUGUUCUACUGAGGAUGGGCCUCUGGGAGAAAACACUGACAGGAGAUUUACAAUGUCUUUUGGGUGAUAAAAACCUAAAGAGACCACAUUCCAGAGCAUGAGUUAACUUCUUUGGGCUGCAAGCCUUAAGUCGGGCUCAAUAUGACAACAGCCCGUCCAAGUGCAGGGCGCGAAAUUCAAAAGAUAUUUUUUAGAAAUAUUUAACUUUCACACAUUAACAAGUCCAAUACAGCAAAUGAAAGACAAACAUCUUGUGAAUCCAGCCAAUAUUUCCGAUUCUUUAAGUGUUUUACAGCGAAAACACAAUAUAGCAUUAUAUUAGCUUACUACAAUAGCCAACCACACAGCUACAUUGAUUCAAGGCAACAGUAGCGAUAGCGACAAAACCAGCAAAAGAUAUUAAUUAUUUCACUAACAUUCAUAAACUUCAUCAGAUGACAGUCCUAUAACAUAUUACACAAUACAUAUAUGGUUUGUUCGAAAAUGUGCAUAUUGAGAGCGGAAAUCCGUGGUUAUACAUUGUGAAAACUUAGCAUCUUUUUCCCAGAAUGUCCGCAUAUAUUUCUGACACUCACCUAUUCUGA